CUCGCUCGCCCGGCGCGAUGCCGGUCAAAGGAGGCACCAAGUGCAUCAAAUACCUGCUCUUCGGCUUCAACUUCGUCUUCUGGCUUGCUGGCACGGCUGUACUGGGAAUCGGACUAUGGCUUCGCUUCGAUUCAAAGACCAAUGAUAUCUUUCAGUCGGAGGAAAACAAUACGAACUUCUAUACAGGGAUUUACAUUCUCAUUGGUGCUGGCGCCCUCAUAAUGCUGGUCGGCUUCUUGGGAUGCUGCGGAGCGAUACAGGAGUCCCAGUGUAUGCUUGGCUUGAUCCCGAGAGAAAUAAAGGUGUUUUAUACAACCUUGUACGACAAGAGGAAGGACCCCAAGGUGAAAGCCAGCCUAAAGGCCUUCCAUUUCGCAUUGAAGUGCUGUGGUCCUAAUGGUGUUCCCGAAUCUGAUUAUCAAGAUACCUGCCCUGAAGACCCCAUGCCAUGCCCACAAGCCAUUGAAGACUUCUUCAAAACCAAGUUGAAUGUGAUUGCAGCCGUUGGCAUUGGCGUUGCGGUGGUGAUGAUCUUUGGCAUGAUUUUCAGCAUGAUCCUUUGCUGUGCUAUCCGAAGAGACCGAGAAAUGGUCUGAAGCCGUUUCAGAGAGUCUCGUCUCCUCAUCCAAAGAAUCUCCAGUUAAUUAACUCAGCAUUUUAAAAUGGCAUUUCUAAAAGGAUAUAUUCGUUUUUAAAGGCUUUAUUUAGUUCGGAUGUUCUUAAUUUUUUUUUUUUUUUUUUUGUGCUUUGUAAGUUUAUAAAUCUUAAAAGGAAUCUACGCGUGAAAAGAUACUAUAUUUGUAAAGCUAAAGCCCAGCCCACUUGUAUAUAAAGUUUUUUGUCUCUAAAUUGACGUCUGGCUUUCUUCAAAACUGGGAUGUAAUUUAAGUUGGAGAAAUUUUCAUACUUAAUAAAGAUUUAAGACCACAU